AUGCGGGAGUCCGAUCUUGUGGAGCUGCGGGUGCUGCCGAAGGUCUUCCCGCGGCACCCGUACGCGCGGCAUACGGCGGGCCUCGGUGCGGGUGAUAGCGCCACACCGCCGGCUGCAUCCAACAGCAGCCGAGUUCUUAACGUGAAAGUGAUCGGCAUUUACUGCUCUCGCCAACCGACAGGUGAACCCAGCGCGCCAAGCGAGAAGGGAGGAGGAGGAACCAAUACAAAAGUUGAGAUGCAGCACCGAGAGGGGGAGGCGGUCUCGGCCAAUGAGAUUCUUGGUGAGCGAGGCGGGGACGGCAUGGGAGAUUCUUCCAAACGGCACAUUUACGUCCGGGUGCAGUUUAACAAGGCUCUUGUGGAUACCAUGCCGCUGGAGGUGAUGCGGGAGAAGUACCCGCAGGUGCUCAUAGACUAUCUGCUUUCAACGGCUGUCUGGACGUGA